AUGACCUCUCUCACGCAGCGAGAGAUCUCCGCCCUCACGAUCACAGCGCCGCCGCCGCCGCCAGUGGCGGGCCUGGCACGUACGCCGACGCCCCAGGCGUCCUCGACGAGCCUGGCGUUGGUGGGCUGGUCCGUCCACUGCGGCAUAGCCACCAUGGGCACCCCCAGGCUGAGAGCCUCCAGCGUCGAGUUCCAGCCGCAGUGGGUGACGAAGCACCCCACUGCCGGGUGCGCCAGCACCGCCAAUUGCGGGCACCACGCCACCACCACGCCUCCGGCCUCCUCCCUGAAGCCCGCCGGCAGCUUCCCCUGCUCGGAACCUCUCACCACCCACAGGAACUCGUGCCGGGAAUCCCUCAGCCCGUGCGCUAUCUCCGCCGUCUGCUCCGCCGAGAGGCACGCGAAGCUGCCGAAGGAGACAUACACGACGGACGCCGCCGGCUUGCCGUCCAGCCACCGUAGGCAGGCGGCGUCCGCUCUCAGCAGGUCCAUCCCGUGCCGGCCGUCCCCCUCCGGCACCGUCGGUCCCACCGUCAGAGCCUUCAUGUGGAGCUUCAACCCAUCCACCACCUUGCGCCACCAAAAAAGAUUUUUCACUCGAUCAGUCGUCUAG